AUAUAAGGUAAGUUAAAUUUAUUCAAAUUGUUUGAGUAGUUAAAUUAAAAGAAAACGUUAUAUUACAUGCAGUUCUGUUUUAAGAGUGGAGUUAGUUUUGAUACCGCUGCUAUGGUACAAUUCUUACAAAGCAGAAAUGGCAAUUUUUUUGUGAAAUCUGGUGCUAAAACUCAAUUUGUACCCAAAUAUGGGUUCUGUUGAGGCCCAGCUUGCUGAGUACAGAGCAAAGAAAGCAAGCGAGAGAUCUUCGAACCAUUCUAGUGGUGGUUUAGGACUGGGGAGCUUCAAUAUUCUAAGGAGAAUCUCCCAAAAUAACCAAAAAGUAAAAAAAGAGGAAGUUCAAGUUGAAGAACAUCAUCAACAUGAUGAAAAUUCUCCUAGGACUCAACACUAUACUGUGGAUGGUAAAACUGGUGACACUGCAGAAUCUCAUGUUGAUUCAAAUUUGGAGAGAAAGCAGCAGCAUAAAGAAUAUAAGCCAUCUUGGUUUGUUACAUUUGUAGCAGGAAACUACUACCUUUCUAGAAUAGCAACAUAUCCGUACACAUCUUUGAUUCUAAAGGUCAUUCUAUGGCUCGUCCUCUGGUGCCUUUUCAUCGAACUUGAAUUUGGAGCUGUCUACUUUGUGACCUCACUACUAUAUGUGAUCUAUGCAAGCCUGAGGACAGGACCAAGAAAUGGACCAAGUGCCUAUUCUGUUUUUAAUGAGAACUUUGAAACAUUGGAAGGGACAUUCACAGCAGAGGAAUUCGAUAGUCAAAUGCGCAGAGGAGGUGGAAUGAUGUAGUAAAUGCUGGAGAAGUUUUAGUGGGAAUCUUGAUCAUAUCCCAUUCUUUAAUCUGUGAUAGACUCCUCCUUAAAACAUUUGCUACUGCAGACCUAACCAUUCAAGUGUGACCGAGAGGAGAGUGUCAAAGAUGUCAGUUGGUGGUUGGACAUAAUUGAGGCCACACUUUUAAUGUUAGCGAAGAGGUGCUUGGUGCAAUCUAUCCUGUAUUUUCAUAUUAUGUAUGUAUUUCAUCUAAUUGUUAUUCUACUUUGAUAGUCUUGUUUAUUGGUUUUGUAGUUUAUUCUUUCUAAAAAUCUUAAAAUUUUUGUUUUAUCUUAUUAUUUGUACAAUCACAACCAUUGGUGUCCUUCUCAUGCUAGCUUUUUCUAAAACUGAAAGUUUUAUCAUGACUAUCUCGAAUACUUUUAUACUUUUCUUUCAUGAAUUUGCCCACCUUCUACUUUCUACUUCUUUACUUUCUGUUUGUAUCACUGUUAUAUUUGUGCUUUCCAUUAGAGUUAGGUGUUUACUUAUAUCACUGGAAAGAAAGAGUUAAGAAAUAAAUGAUAUAUAUUAUUCACACAUUACUUGUAUUUUUAGCUCACCUCUUAGCAGAGGUGAGCUUAUCCCAUACCGUGGCGUCCGUCGUCCGUCGUCGUCGUCGUCGUCGUCGUCGUCGUCGUCGUCGUCGUCGUCGUCGGCGUCGUCGUCGUCGUCGUCGUCGUCCGUCGUCCGUUAGCAGGGCACGUUUCGUAACUGUUAGAGCUAUUGAGUUGAAACUUGGUACACAUGUACCCUUAUGUAAUGACACCUGGGAGACCAAGUUUCGGUCCGAUUCGUUUCAUGGUUUGGCCACCAGGGGGCCAAACGUUAAAAGUGAAAAUAUGCAAUAUCUCCCUCAAUAGUAGUCGGGAAAUUUUGAAAAAAAUAUGGUAGGUACUUCUAGCAAAGGUGCAUCAUAUAUCCUCCGGGUUUUUGAUUUGACCUCCUUUUCAAGGUCACAGAGGUCAAAUGGUGUAAAUUGGCCGUUAGGAUGUAACGAUGGCACGUUUCUAAACUGCAAUGACUAUUGAUACCAAAUUUGGUACACAUUUACCCCUUAGUCAGCUGAUCUCAGGGACCGAAGUUUGG